AUGGCAACUAAAACAGGCCUUAAAGGAAAGGUUGCCAUAGUAACUGCAUCAACAGCGGGCAUUGGCUUUGCUAUAGCUAAACGCCUAGCACAAGAUGGCGCACAUGUAGUGAUCAGUAGUCGUAAGAAGCAGAAAGUUGAUGCAGCUGUCCAGGAAUUGAAAGCUGAAGGGCUGAAUGUCAGUGGAAUUGUAUGCCAUGUUGGUAAAGCUGAAGACAGGAAAAAGCUCAUAGAACAGACUGUGAAGGAGCAAGGAGGACUUGAUAUAUUUGUAUCUAAUGCUGCUGUCAACCCAACUAUGGGACCAAUUCUAGAAACCACAGAGUCAGUAUGGGACAAGAUAUUUGACACUAAUCUAAAGGCCAACUUUUUCCUGAUAAAGGAUGCAGCUGAACAAAUAGAAAAACGAGGGGGAGGCUCUAUCAUUCAAGUCUCCUCAAUAGGUGGCUUUAUUGGUGAUGAGUUUCUUGGUGCAUAUGCAGUCAGUAAGACAGCUAUGAUAGGGCUGACCAAGGCCCUUGUACCGCAACUUGCAAGCAUGAAUAUUAGGAUCAACACAAUAUGUCCCGGGGUGAUUAAAACACGCUUUAGUGAAGCAUUAUGGAAGAGCCCCAUGGCUGAAGAGAUGGAAAAGACAACUAUUCCAAUGGGAAGGUUUGGAGUGUCAGAAGACUGUGCUGGAGCCGUGUCAUUCUUUGUAUCUGACGAUGCCUCGUAUAUAACUGGAGAAAACAUGGUUAUUGCUGGUGGAGUGAAAUCACGACUCUAAACAAUAGUGCUCUAUGAUAAACAAACAUUCCUAUCACGUUUUCUUUUUAAGUUUUUUUUGCAGACAAAUUAGAUGUACACCCUAUCACAUUUUUAAAGUUCUUUGUGUCUGACAAUUCCAUGUAAAAUGUAACAAGAAAACAUAACAAUUACAAGCAUUUACGACGCUCAAGACGUUAUUCGUCUUUAUACUUUUACAACGUUCAAUUUUUAGUUAACUGGUGAUUUAGACACACUACUCAAGUAAAGAUAUCACGGACGGUUUUAAGAAUUCUUUUUAGAAUACCAUGCUGUAAAUCGGGUUUUCUUUUUUAUUAAUCAUUUUUAAUGAUGAGUGUAUACAAUUACAAAUAAAAAAUAUGUUUUUUUGUUCUGAUGCGUAAAGUGUACACCAUAGCCUUGAACGGACGGGGAGCAACCGAUUUCUGGUUGAAAAUUCAACACAUCCGCAAGAUUUAUUUUUUCAAAAGAAAGUU